GCCACGUUACACACACUCUCACCCCCAUAAAAGGGCGCCAUUUGCCUUUGCCUCUUCUCUCAUUUUGAAAAAACUUCCCAAACCCAAUCACACAAACAAAAAACCCUGCUUCUCCCUUCUCUUUCCUUUAAAACCCUAAAACUCAAUAUCAAAUCGGUCUUAUCGCGCCCCCACCGUAACCCCUUACGAUGGUCCCUCACUCCUACACCCUCGAUUCCCACUCUAAAUCUCAGGACCUCGCUUCAACCAUCGCCGCCGCAUCAACACCUUCCCAAAUCGUCUCCACCUGCGCCUCCAUCGACUCCUUCCUGCACUCCCACACACCCGAUCAGUCCCGCCACUUCUUCUCCCUCGCCUUCCCAACCCUAAUCUGCAAACUCUUCGGCUUUGACGACCCAAGUAACCCUAACAAACCUCCCUCCCCCGCUGGCUGGAUCGAUGUCGCCAUUUCCUCCAACGACUCCGACCUCUCCGCCGCACUCUCCAGUCUCCUCUCCCCAGCCGGAACCCUCUCAUCCGCUAUCUCCGCCGUCGACAACCUCUCCCUCGUCAAAUACGUCUUCCCUGCCGAACGCCUUCCGGAGUGGGCCCGCUUCCUUCUAAUCUCCUCCUCUUCCUCUCCCACCGGUGUAGCCUCCGGCGGCCCCGGCGCACUCUCCGAACUCUGCCCCUCUCUCUUCCAAUCUAGGGUUAAAGAAUCACCACCUUCUUCCCAAAUCCAGCUCAAUGUUUUCGAGUACUUCCUCUUCUGGUUCGCGUAUUACCCUGUUUGCAGGGGCAAAUCGGAGAAUUCACACCUUGUCGAGGUUAAGAGUGUGAAGAAGUUUCGGUUAGAGAAUUGGGCUCAUUCGAUUCCAGUUUUUGCCAGCGCCGUUAAACGUUCUGGUAAUGCCGAACAGAAAACUGAAUCGAAUUUGUAUAUACGUAUUCUACGGUCGUAUCUGAGCGCGUAUGUCCCAACCUACGACCUCAACGCACACCAACCCUACCGUAGCUCGAUCCUUCACUACGCUGGCGGUUUUGAUGCCAAGGUUGUGGCGCGUGCUCAGUUUCUGGUUUCUGCCUUGAUUCAUUUCUGGCUUGUUGAUAACGAUUUCUCGCCGUUUCCUUUGAAAGAUUGCAAGUUCCUUGGCGUCUCUUUCCGGCUCCGGUCGGUGCUGGGAGAGACUCCACCGACUCCAGGGCUCGGUGAGGUGGUGAAAGUUUUUGUGAGGUAUUUGAAUUUGAGCACCGUAGCGGUGAUUGAAGCUCGCGACGGUGGAGGUGCCAGCGAGUGUUGUGGGAGCCCUAGAUGGAGGAAUUUGGGUUCUUCUUCCUCAUUUGAUGCAGUGAGGGCGAAGGAAUUGGUUUCGAAGUACAAUUCUCUGCGGUGUUGGAACCCAUGGGUGCAGAGGCCUCUGUAUAGAUACCUGCUGAGAACGUUCUUGUUCUGCCCUGUGGCGGCUUCCGUGAAGAAUGUUUCUCAGGUUUUCUCGGUCUGGAUUAGUUACUUGGAGCCUUGGAAUGUAACUGAGGAUGAGCUCUCUGAGCUUGAAGCUAUUGCCAAUGGGUCUGCUUCUGCUCUGGUGAAUGAAAGGAAGGAGAAUUAUGUUGCCAGAAGCCGUGGUUAUACUCCACAGUGGCAGGAUUAUGUGCUGUCUAACUACCUAUACUUCAGUUCCCUGGUUAUGCAUUUUAUUGGAUUUGCUCACAGAUUUCUUCAUAAUGAUGUUGAGCUUAUAAUCCAGAUGGUGCUCAAGGUGUUAGACAUGUUGACGUCAUCAAAAGAGCUCAUCGACCUUCUGAAGAAUGUGGAUACGCUUUUCCACUCCAAACAGGCUGGACCAGGCAAACCAAUGUUGAACAACUUGUACAGAUAUGUUCCUAGUAUCCAUGAGCAGUUGCAGGACUGGGAAGAUGGUUUAUGUGAGACUGAUGCUGAUGGCUCAUUCUUACAUGAGAAUUGGAACAAGGAUUUGCGACUGUUUGUGGAGGGGGAGGAUGGCGGACAACAGCUUCUUCAGCUGUUUAUACUACGUGCAGAAGCUGAGUUGCAAGCUAUGUCUGGGCAUGUAUCAAGCCUUCAAUGCAUAGAUUCAUUGAAGGAAAAGUUGGGGUACUUAUUUGAUGGACACACAAUGAUAUCAUCCCCAACUUCCCCAGAGCCAAUCCAUCAUCAACAAUGUCGUGAUGACAUAUUCAAGCCAAGAAGAGCUGGCAACCAUGCGUAUGUAGAUGUUAAGUAUAAAGGCGACUGGAUGAGACGUCCAAUAUCAAAUGACGAGAUUGCAUGGCUUGCAAAAGUGCUGAUUAGGUUGUCUGAUUGGAUGAAUGAGAGUCUUGGACUGAAUCAAGCGGCCGAGGGGACUCAAAUAAGCCCCGCCAUCCCCUAUGUGGAAAUUACACCUGAUGUUGCCCAUGUCUGUGGCCCUUCGGAGGCCCUGAAGGUCUUUUUCUGCGCAGUUGUGUCUUGGCUUUUCUUUGUUGGUGCUGGCUGUUUGGGUUUGAUGCGAAGAUGUGGUCUGAGGGUGAACCUAAGGGUACUGGCCUCCAAGAAAUUUGUAAUGGUUUUGGUUUUAUAUGGUUCAUUUAGCAUAUUGAAAAAAAUCAUACGAGUUUUGUAUAGCAUGUAGUGAAGAAUAUGAAUUGGAUGUUGGUAUACAGAGAAGUGUAGAAAGUGCCGAGGUUUGUCCCCCCUUUUUUUUCAGUUUCUGCUCUGUAAAUAAUAAGUUUUUUGUUUGGCCAAAGGAAAAGGGAAAAAAAAGGAAAAAAAUUCAGUCCUUCCUUCUAUAAAGGGUAUGUGCAGUUGCAAAUCCAAUUUAUUUUC